AUGAUUAUUAUACAGCUGUUGGGGCUGCUGAUGAUUUUGCACAUUGAGACCAGAAAUGCUCAGGAAUCCGGCGGAUCCCCAGUGUUACCGGACCUUGCGGAAAUACCCCUCCGGGAACUGAAUAACUUCACAUUCAAUGGAGUCUUUAAAAACAUAGAAAGUGUGACGCCAUUUCUGGAUUGCCUUGGAUCCCAGUUUACUUGGCUACAGGUCGUCUUUACCAAUUUCCCGGCUUUGCUUAAUUUUGUGAGCAAGUUAAAAUGCGUGACGGGCUUGUGUCCCAAAGACCUUGAAGAUUACGGCUGCACCUGCAGAUACGAGAUGGAAGGGCAGCCCAUCGAUGAAACAGACAGUUGCUGUUACCAACAUCGUAAAUGUUACGAAGAAGCCACGGACAUAGACUGCCUCUGGGACCCGGCCAAAAUCUCCGCUGAUGUCAGUUGCCUUUCCAAGAAUCUGACCUGCGAGUCCGGAGAUGCAUGUGAGAAACGUCUAUGUGACUGUGACAAAGAGGCCAUUGAAUGUUUUGUGAACUCACACAUUAACUCCUCUGUGAAAGGAAUAGACAUUGCAUUCUGCCCGGCUCCCGUUACAGAUUUACCAGACACAACAGUCAAGAGAAUUGACAUCGUCCAUCAACCACAAUUACAACAGAACAGAAGUGCAGAUGGCGCUAAUGUACCCACUAGAGAAGGUACGUCAGCAGCAGAACAAGUCGGGGGGCAGAAUGAUGUGACCUCGUUCCCUUCGGCUGAAGAGAUUAUCCCAGAAAUGGAAACUACGACUCUUCCUAUGGGCACAGCUGGAACAGAAACUCAGAGAAUUCAGACCACAGAAUUGGGAGGUGCAGGACUUGGCACUAUGAGAACUGGAGAUUCUUUGGGUGAAAGCAGUGCCGAAUCUAUAUCUCUCAGCACUACCACUAAAACAACCGCAACUGCUGUUACUGAAUGUACAACACAGAAAAACAGCAUUGUUCCCACAAAGAGCGGAUUCAAGAUGUUAGAUGAAAGUACAGGCAAUGUUGAUUUGUUCGCAGUGUCCCCAGUGACAGAGAGUGAACUGGAUGUGUCACUAGAAAAAGUGUGUGACAGGUAUAACUUUUUGCAAAUUAAUGAAGAAGGGAAUGUCAAUAGGGAGCUGCCGUUACUGGGGGAAAUGCUAUUUUGUUUGACUGGUCGAUGCCCAGAAGAAUUUGAAGGGUAUGGCUGCUACUGUGGCCAAGAAGGUAAAGGGAGUCCAAUAGAUGAACUGGACAGCUGCUGUUUUUCCCAUCAUUGCUGUAUUGAGCAUUUGAAGAAACUGGGUUGCCAACCACAGAGAAACAUAAGGUCUGAGGUUUUAUGUUUAGACCACAAACCAACAUGCCUUGGAUGGGGCAUAUGUGACAAGCUCCUGUGUGCGUGCGACAAAGCAGCUGCUGAAUGCAUGGCGGCAGCACCAUACAAUGAAACAGCUCGAUUAGAAAUCAGAAGAGAGUGUCAAGGUGAAGCAGUUUCAUGCAGAAAUGGAGGAUUUGAAGAGAAUCCAGACCGAGCUAUUGAGACCCAACCUGGAAGUUCCAGCUCAGAGUCAGAUGAGAGCAGUGAAGAACAAAGGCCUAUAAUGGAAGUUGUGAAAUCAGAAAACGCUCGCCAGGCAAGAAGACGACGUUCUGUCUUUUUUGGAAAGAAAUAACAGGGAACACAGCACAAAUUCUUUAUUUUUAAAUGACUGCUUAAAACGAAACCACAAUGAAAAUUAUAUUGAUCGUUUUCCAUUAUUUGUACCAACUUGGUAUUCAACGGGCUAGAAAUGUUGGGUGGCACCUUCAUUGUAGAUCUGCAGGUAGCAGGUACACUCCACAAAGUUGCUUACUUCAUGUGCCAAAAGUUCUGUUAAUGGAAGAGUUUAUCUUCCUCGCAGAAUUUUAGUAAGUAACAUUAGACAUUGUGGACAGAAUUGUUUGACCAUGUCUCUGGGUGCUAUCAGAAUUGAAAUGAAGGUCCCAUCAUUAAACAUACUUGUCCUUUAUAUCCUGGUAGUGAGAUAAAGUUGAUGGAACUACCGUAUGACAGGUGGCAUCAUUCUAUAAGCGAGAAAAUGCCAAUGUCGUCUCACACACACAUGAAGUCCAGUGGGUUCUAUAGGAAUGGGUUUAUACGACUAUCACUUACCUCGACAGUCACAUAC